AUGACCUCCGCUAAGUUACCCACCUCGCACACGUUAUGGUCGCCGUACGAUACGGUCAAAGACGCUGCGGAGUCGCUUGGUAUCACGCUCAACGACGAGGUAGCAAAAAACCUCGCAAUGGACGUGGAGUACCGCAUCCAUGAGAUUCUCGAAAACGCAACCAAGUUCAUGCGGCACUCGAAGCGCAAGCUCCUCAUGACUAGCGAUAUUGAAAAGUCACUCAAAUUGCUCAACGUCGAGCCUUUGUACGGUUAUGACAAUUCGCAACAGCUCAACUUCAAGGAGGCGAUUGUCAGUGAAACCGGCCAGACAUUGUACUAUGUGGACGACCAGGAGGUGGAUUUUGAGAAGCUCAUCAACCAGCCGCUUCCGAAGGUUCCUCGCGCAAGCACGUUCACGGCGCAUUGGUUGGCGAUCGAAGGGGUCCAGCCGACGAUUCCGCAGAACCCGCUUCUUGCCGAGAUUAAGGCGCUUCCGCCGGUUUCUAGAGGCGCCAUGGCCAACAGCCUCGGGGGAAUCGCGCUCUCAGGCAGCUCUAGCUCUGCUGUACCAGACACUGCCAAGCCAAACAACAAAGAGCUCGAAGUGAAGCCGUUGGUCAAGCACGUGUUAUCCAAGGAAUCCCAGUUGUAUUUCGACAAGGUCGCCGAGACGUUGGUUUCGGCGGACCCCGCAAAGGACCACUUGCGUGGUGCGGCGCUCAACUCGUUGCGCUCCGACCCGGGUUUGCACCAGCUCGUGCCGUACUUCAUCCAGUACGUCGCGGAGCAGAUCACCAACAAUCUCGCCAACAUCGAGCUCUUGUCAACCAUGCUUGAAGUCAUUUACUCGCUCUUGUCGAACCCCACCAUCUUCUUGGAGCCAUAUGUGCACGCGUUGAUGCCGUGCAUCUUGACGCUUCUCUUGGCCAAGCGGAUCGGGCCGCAGAAGUCAGCAGUCGACACCGGUGACGAGCACUUUGCGAUCCGUGACUUUGCGGCUUCCUUGUUGCAGCACAUCUGCAACCAGUAUGGUGAUUCGUACUCGACGCUCAAGCCGAGAGUCACCAGAACGUUGUUGCGCGCAUUCUUAGAUCCAACCAAGCCGGUGGGGACCCACUACGGCUCCAUCUUGGGCCUCACGAACCUCGGAGAGGAGGUAGUCCGCUUGAUAUUGGUGGGUAACUUGAAGAUCUGGAGCACGAGCGUGUUGGAGCAGAUCGAGGAUGCCCAUGACCGUGAUAUCUUGCUCGAGAAGGUUUUGGAAGCGUUGCGGAUCUUGAAGCACAAGGCGGACGGUGAUAUGGAGGUGGAUGACUUGUCCGCCGCCGAAGCGGCUAAGUUGAGUGCCAGGAUCGGUACGACCGUGGCCCUGCUUGUAUUAGAGGCACCCGACAAGAAAGCGAUUCUCGAUGGGGUGUUCUUUGGCGAGCAGUAA